ACACACACACACACUCCUUUUCUCUCUCUUCCUCUCCUCGUAUCCACCGGCAACUACGCUGAGCAGCCUCCUUCACCAACCCAGUGGAUCCCCUCACUUGACUAAUUAGCCCUGAAGUGCUGCUAAAGCUCAUCAUAUUUAGUGUAGCGACCUAGCGGCAGAGUGCAGACAGAUAUAGACUAGGCUGGCUGGAGGCUGGGUGCCUGGCUGUGGGCAAGCUCUCUAUCUCUCUCUGUUCACACUCAGUGCCGAGGACUUCUCAGUGGCGGAGCGGCGGAAGUGAGAGGUGGGUUUUGCUUUGAAAUAGACGGGAGGAGGGGAAAAAACUGAAAGAAGCGCAGCUGAGACCACAACAGAACCACAGAAUGGGAGAGGGCUGCAGGUGCAGAUCCUCCUAGAGACGGAGACUUGGAGGAGGCAGUGGUCACUGCUCGUAACGUACAAAAGAUUUAAGAUGAUUGACAGCCAGCUAUCAGCACAGAGGAGGGCGAUGAUGAGGAACAUCCCUGAUGAAGACCAAGGCCUGCAGAAGACCAGCACCUACAUCGUGCCCUGCUUCCUCUUAGUGGAGCUGGUCAUCAUGGCAGGGACCGUUCUGUUGGCGUACUACUUCGAGUACACGGACACGUUCCCCGUGCACGUCCAGGGCUUCUUCUGUUUCGACAAAGCCUACUCCAAGCCGUUCCCGGGACCAGAGGACAACAGCAAGGCGCCACCCGUCCUGGUCUACUCCCUGGUCACUGCCAUCCCCACGGUGACGAUCCUGAUCGGGGAAGUGACCAGUUUCUUUGUGAAGACAGAGGGAGCUCAGGAGAAAACCAUAGUGACCGCCGACUGCUGUUAUUUCAACCCUCUCCUCCGCAGGAUUGUACGUUUUCUAGGUGUCUACUCCUUCGGCCUCUUCACCACCACCAUCUUUGCCAACGCCGGUCAAGUGGUGACAGGAAACCAGACCCCUCAUUUCCUGUCUGCCUGCAGGCCUAACUACACGGCUCUGGGGUGCCAGUCUCCGCUGCAGUACAUCGCCGAGCGCCGAGCCUGCACGGGAAACCCGUACUUGGUGGCGUCCGCCCGCAAAUCCUUCCCCUCCAAAGACGCAGCUCUCAGCUUCUACUCAGCCAUCUACACAGUGAUGUACGUGACCCUGGUGUUCCGGACCAAAGGCACCCGUCUGACCAAGCCCACCCUCUGCCUGGUGCUGCUGUCUCUUGCCGUGCUAGUGGGGGUGGUGAGGGUUACUGAACACAGAAACCACUGGAACGAUGUCGUGGCCGGGUUUGUUACCGGAGGGGCCAUUGCUGCCUUCCUGGUGUCAUGUGUGAUCAACAAUUUCCAGCAAACCCAGAUAGGAACGCCGACUCCUCCACCUCCGCAGCGCCCCCAAGAGCCCUGUGUCGGGCUCCCUCUGCUCAGCCUGCCCCGCGUGGAGAGUCCACUCGAAAAGCUCCAGGGCUACCGUAUUCUGAGAUCACAUGACCAUCAGCCAAUCCCAUCCCCCACCCCUCCCGAUGUGCUCCUCCCCUCACGGCGUUGCCUCACCAGCGCAGUCUAGACCUGCCCUCCGAAAGUCCCCCGCCCUGCCCCGCCCACCCCAAAGGACGACAUCCUCUCCGUCGAAUCAAAUCAACGCAGGUGUGAAAGGCCGACCAAUCACAGGGAGGAGGACAGCGCACACUUUCACACGGCGAGCCUGGAGGAGAACCUGUCGUUUUGAAGACCAAUAUGAGACAGAGACCUGUCCUUCUGUCCAGUUUAUCCUCUGAGAUGGCCUCUGGGUGUAAAAGACCCCUCAUGAGACUUGCCAAAGCCAGAGGUGUUGAAGCAAUACUGUGUCACACUCCCUUGUCCUUUCUUUCCACAAAUACUCGACAGUAACUUUAAAGACUGUUGGCUGGUGAUGACUUGAGAAAACACACCAAUAAAAAAAAAACUGAGGGUUUGGGGACGGAAGAAUAUUCCAGUCACUACCGGAUCAUCCUCAAAAGACCACAUUCUGACACUCAGGACAAUCAAAUGAAAAAUAAAAAAGACCUAUCAUCCAAUCAAAAAGCAGGCACUACCGAGAAUUACGAUACAGAAGAUUUUUUCUGUCACAAAGGACUCACAAGAGAUGCUGUCGAAGAGGAAAGCGCUUUUGUAAAUUAUAGCACAGAUGAACCAGUUUAGCGUUCAGUCAUAAGUGUUGUUUAUUUACCUGUUUAGGGGAGGAUAUCGGUUCGAUCUCCUGCUGUACAUUGUGUGAAGUGAUAGACGGGAGAUUUACACACACAAGAGCUGUGUUUGUGAUUCACGUAGACUGCACGUAAAGAUGGACGCCGCGUCUCCAUGUCCUCCCGCUAUCCAGAAAGGAAACUGGAAAAUCCUGGAUACGAACGGCUCCAUAGAUCCGAGCCGAAUGAAGAACUCCCGACAAUGACAGGAACCAUGUUUGAAAAAAUGAUAUCUGAAGUUUACUUUUUAGAGGGGAGGCAGGAUUCAAGGACUCAGUGUAAUGUAGGGCCUGUUUCUGUGCAGACAUCAAGUGAACAAUAAAAAACAGUAAAUAGACCUAUACAAUAAUACAAAAUAUUUUUAGAUAGAAUUAUGGUUAUACAAUUACAAAUCUUAAAUACAUUUCCAAAAGCAGAACACACAGUUUACCUGGAGUUCAAAUGAAUGACACAUACUGCAGCCAACCACCAGGUGGAGAUCAAGACACUUAGGCUUAAAUUAAGGGCAGCUGUCAUAUCGUCCAUCUUUAUAUACAGUCUACACUGAAACCAUGUUUGUGUUGGCGCGUCAGUUGACUCAUCCCUGUAGAGAAAGGAACUGGAUUUACACCAACCUUCCAAACAUUUUAACUACUUAAUAUUCAGGUGUCUGUGUGCGCGAGUGCGUGUGUGUUUUCUUGUGUGUGUUUGUGUGUGUGUGUGUUAUGACGUGUAUGUUCUACAUCCAUGCUGUGAAAUAUUUGGAAAAGUUUUAUUAUAAAGUUUUAUACGAAUUCUUUGUCAGUGUCCAAUAUAAUCCACCAUCCGCUAUGUCCCUUACACCCUCUCAUGCUUGGUCUUCGUUUUUUAAUUUCAAAUAACUUAUAUCUAAAUACAUCCACACAACAUGUUAACAAAACAAAUGUGUUAUAAGAUUGUUUUUUUGUUAUUUUUCCUAUCUGCCAUUAUUUCCUCACACCGACAAUGAAUCAAAUGGCGCAGACCAUGUGUGUGACACCAAGCUACGAUCUCUUGACUUUUGUAUAGUUUUGUACAGUGAAUAGGUUUCUCAACACGGUAUACACCACAUUGUCAUUAUGUUUCAAGUGUGAGAACAGUGAGACGCAACCUGAGACUGUCCUGCAGGAGCACGAGCAGUAGCCUGAUCUGAAGCAGGAAUGUAGCGCAGUGGAGAAGUGUGUGAAAUCCUGAUGUGUGUGUGGUGGUGGCUGACAACUUGCUUUGGUUCGGCUCAGUUCAACAGGAAAGACAGGCUGCCAGUGGGAGAGUCUGCAGUGGCUUAUAUACAGAAGACAUAGAGUUAUAUUAAGCAUGUGUGAGUAUGUGUGAGUGUGUAUGCUUACUGGUGUGUGUAUGAUGAUUCUACAUUGUACGGCAGCGUAACUGUUAAUUUGGUUUUCUUAAGUGAAACAGUUAAAAGUAGCUGCUAUAAUUCCACACGUGUUAGUGCGUAAGUGCAGGCCUUCAAAGGACCCCCUGUUGAGGCGUCCCAACUAUGCCUGUUAUAGCAGAAGGUGCUCAUUAUAGCUUUGAGAUUAGCCACAGUAACACUACAUCUUCUUUUUUUGUAAACUACCGAAGGGAUAGAGAACACCCACGUUAAUAUGUCUUUGUUUUGUAUUUAUUUAACUAAAUAAACGGCAAUUACCACA